AUGAAAAGCUACGUUAGAUCGACCUAUGCAUAUACAAAACUUCGCAAAAACCUCGGUAGACAACCAUUGUUUCAAGACGUACCUGCGCACCUAAUAGACUCUAUUAACCCCAAUAUCGAGGAGCAGAAACAGUAUGUACUUCGCAAUCCUGUUCACCGAGAAAUACAAGCAACAAUGCCGCAAUCUCAACACGAAGCAAACACGAAACAAUUGGUAAUGCACGAGCAAGGCAUAAAUCAUACUGAAGGCGGUUGGCCCCGUGAUGUCCAUCUUUACAAUGAAGAUCACCUAGCUCGGCACAGACGGCGUGUUCAACACGAGGACGGGUAUGUUCGUGCAAUACUAAGCCUACAGCCACAACUGGAACAUUGUAUUGAUCAAAAUAACGCAAUCGACAUGUACCAAACAUACUUUGCUACAAUGAACCUUCAAGCGCCAGUCGAAAAAUACAACGUUCAAAUUGCAAAUGUAUUCACAGAUCCAUAUCAACGUCCAGUAUCUUGCAUUGUUUGGACAGAUGAAAAUACACCUAAACUUGUUACAUCCUACAGUUAUCAAGAUUACUCAAAAGAUAUGAUGUUACCAACUACUUGCUAUGUAUGGGACAUAAAUAAACAAACCACUCCAUUAUACGAGUUUUUCCCGGAAACUACUUGCUGGCGGUUAGUAUGUUCUCCCGAUCAACCCGACAUAUUGAUUACGGGUCUUCUGAACGGUACAGUUAAUAUCUUUGAUAGUCGGAGUAGUCAAGAGGCCGUUUCUAAGUCUUCUGUAUAUAAUUCUCAUCGUGGCCCAAUCACUGGUCUUCUUUACACACAUUCACGUACAAAUACAGAAUUUUUCUCUGGAUCUCCAGACGGUCAGUGUCUUUGGUGGGAUAGAAGAUACCUUUCUAAGCCUAUUGAUCAGCUUUUUAUGUCGAUUCGACAAGGACCUAACGUCGAACCGAGUUAUUCCAAUACUGAAGGUGUUAGCAGCCUUGAAUUCGAUCGCGGCUUUCCUACAAAGUUUUUGACAGGAACGGAAUCUGGCUUAGUAAUUAAUGCAAAUCGUAUGGGGAGAAGCCACUCAGAAAUUUUGACAUCUUAUUGGAACGCUCAUGAAGGUGCUGUGAGAGCCGUUCACCGAAGUCCUUGUACGCUACGUAUGUUUAUAACUUGCGGAGAUUGGAACGUCCGUAUUUGGAGUGAAGAAGUUCGCACGGCGCCAAUUAUAGUCACACGCCCAUAUCGUUACCAGGUAACUGAUGUCGCUUGGGCUCCUUUAAGAUAUUCUAGUUAUAUGGCGAUUUGUGAAGGUGGGGUGUUCCACUAUUGGGAUUUACUGAGAAAAUAUCACGCACCUGUUGCAACGCUCCAUGUAUCGAAGCACGGCCUAACUCGUGUAACACCGCACCCAUCAGGCGAAUCUAUUGCAGUUGGAGAUAAGCAGGGUUCAAUAUACAUCCUUCACCUUUCCGAAAACAUGAUCCUUCCUAACAGCCAAGAUAAGCAACUAGUUCAUCAAAUUUACGACCGUGAAACGCGUCGUGAACAUAUAUUAGGCAAUAGAGUUAAAGAAAUACGUUUAAAACAUAAAAUUGAUGACGCUACGCAUAUGGAUAUCGAAGAUGAUGAUGAUGACGAUUUAAAAUCCACAGAAGAAGAUUAUUUUAAAAUGGUUAACGAGGAAUUAAAUAGUAUUGACGAAUUAUUGUCUACAAGCAAAAUCUUUUGA